GACUUGUCACAUGGAAUAAAAUAGCAAAUAUGCGAUUCAAAGAUAAACCGGCAACCGUUUUUUCAAAGCGACGGAAGUUCCUAUUUUGGACGCUAUUGAUAACAUUUCUUUUUUCAGAUCAUUUAAGAUAAAACAGCUAAAAAGGGCCUACCAAUUUCUUGAACUUUUUAAACUUUCCAAUAUUUUUUAUUCCUUUUUUUUAGCAAACUGUUUUUACAAAGCAAACAGUAAAAAUAUGAAUUCCGAACAUAUCUUCGAAGAAUUUUCCAAUAAAGGAUAUGCUUUGAUUGAAAACUUUAUAAGCUCAGCUGAAGUGGAUAAACUUCUUCAAGAAUGUUCAACAAUUGUUCAGAAUAUGGAACUUCCAGAACACUGUUCUGUAUUUCAUACUGGGAAAGAUCAAGCUCGAGAUGAAUAUUUUAUAACUUCUGGUGACAAAAUAUCUUUCUUUUUUGAAAAGGAUGCUGUUAAUGAUAACGGUGAGCUUAUGGUGGAAAAAGAAAAAUCUUUAAAUAAAAUAGGGCAUGCUUUACACUGGUUGAAUCCAUCUUUUAAAAAAGUGACAUUUAGUGAGAAGGUUAAGGAUGUGUUAAAAAGCUUACAAUACAAAGACCCUGUUGUUGUACAGAGUAUGGUUAUUUUUAAACAUCCUGAGAUUGGUGGUUUAGUAACACCUCAUCAGGACUCUACAUUUUUGUACACUGAGCCUCCAAGUGCUGUAGGACUCUGGAUUCCACUUGUUGAUAUCACUCUUCAGAAUGGUUGCCUAUGGUUCAUUCCAGGAUCACAUAAAGAAAACAUUCAUCAAAGGUAUGUUAGAAAUCCUAGUGGUAAUCCAUCAUUAGUACUUAAAGGAGAAAUUCCCUCAUUUGAUGAAAGUUUAUAUGUUCCUGUACUUCCAAAAAAAGGAGAUUGUGUGGUUAUUCAUGGCUCUGUUAUUCACAAAAGUGGAAAAAAUACUUCAGACAAAUCAAGACCUAUUUAUACUUUUCAUAUUGUUGAGCAAAAGGAAACAGAAUACAGUAAAGAAAAUUGGUUACAACCAUCUGAAGUAUUGCCAUUUCCAUCAGUAUAUUCGAAUUAAAAUUUCAUACUGUGCAGAUUAUAAGGAUUUGUAAUAUUUAUAUCAAAAGUGAUUAUAUUCACCUUCCUCUAAUUUUUCUAACUAAAAAUUCUAAAUGAUGAUAUUGUUAUAAACGCCUCUAAUGGUCCAAGAUUAUUUUAUCAAAUUUA